UAAAACAAACAGCCCCAGACCCAAACCCAAAACCACUUUUUAAAAACCGUUGUUUGUCUUGUUUCUUUUAUCUCUUUCUCUCACUCCAAUCUCCAAGAAUCUUGUAAGAAAAUUCAACUCCAAAAAAUGGAUAUUUAAAGAUUGAGAGGAGUUGAUUGGGUUAGCUGUUUUAAGUUUGAAAGAAUUCCUUUUGUCUUGAUUUUUCUUUUUGAUCAAAAACAGAGAAAAAAGAAUGAGAAUACAGAGAGCUAUAAUUUGGUUACUGUUCAGUUUACUUGGUAUUGGACUGUUAUUACAUGAGAUUGAAGCUACUAAACCUCGAAGGAUAUUACUUGAUACAGAUGUUGAUACGGAUGAUUUCUUUGCUCUUUUAUAUCUGUUGAAGCUGAAUCGUUCAGAAAUUGAUAUAAAGGCAAUUACUAUUAACACAAAUGCAUGGACAGAUGCGGGGCAUGCUGUGAAUCAAGUCUAUGAUAUGCUUUACAUGAUGGACCGCGACGACAUUAUGGUUGGAGUCGGAGGUGAAGGUGGAAUAUCACCCAAUGGUACAAUAUACCCCAACGUCGGCGGCUAUCUUCCGAUUAUAGAACAGGGCAUGUCAACUUAUGGGGAUUGCAGGUAUAGACAAGCUAUUCCAAUAGGACUUGGAGGAAGAUUGGAUAUUGAUACAAAUUACGGCUUACGGAGAAGUUUUCUACCGCAGGGCAAAAGGAAAUAUUCUCCGCUUCGCCAGCCUACUACACAGCAAGUGAUGAUUGACACAAUAUCCAAUGGUCCAACUACAGUAUUCGUCAUUGGAUCACACACAAACUUAGCUAUUUUUCUCAUGAGCAAUCCUCGAUUGAAGAAAAACAUUGAGCACAUUUAUGUAAUGGGCGGCGGUGUGAGGUCCAAAAAUCCAACUGGUUGCUGCCCCAAGAAUGCCAACUCUUGCACACCUAAACAGUGUGGUGAUCGUGGUAAUAUGUUCACAGGCUACACCAGCAAUCCCUAUGUAGAGUUUAAUAUAUUUGGAGAUCCUUUUGCUGCGUACCAGGUAAUCCAUUCCGGAAUUCCAGUUACCCUCGUGCCUCUGGAUGCAACGAACACCAUUCCCAUAACUGAGCAGUUCUUCAAGUCAUUUGAGCGCAAUCAGCAUACAUAUGAGGCACAAUAUAUAUUCCAAUCUUUGAAACUGGCUCGGGACACAUGGUUUGAUGACCAGUUCUACACAAGCUACUUCAUGUGGGACUCCUUUACAUCUGGUGUAGCAGCAUCAAUUAUGCGCAACUCGAAAGUAGAUGGAGAAAAUGAGUUUGCUGAAAUGGAAUAUAUGAACAUCACUGUAAUUACUUCAAAUGAACCGUACGGCGUGUCUGACGGCUCAAAUCCAUUCUUUGCUGGCCGCUCAAUCCCAAAAUUUAAUUUACAGAAAGAUGGGGUUCAUAGCGGUCAUGUGCAGCAAGGGCUUCGUGAUCCAUUUUGUUUUGCCAAGAAUAAUACAAAAAAGUGCCAGGAUGGCUACACAAAGGAAGUAACUGGUGAUCCAGACGGAGUUCGUGUUCUUGUUGCUACGAAAGCAAAACCUAAUCAGCUUAGUAAUAGCUUGCUUGACCGAGAAUAUUUUAUAAGCUUUUUGGAUGUUCUUAACCUACCUCGCAAUGCUGGAAGGUUCAACUUUACCACAGAAUUUCCUUACUACAAAGAAGUUCUAUAUAAACCGGAUUUCGGAAUGCGCAAGUUGGGAAAAUCUGUUGUUUUCGACAUGGAUAUGAGUGCUGGAGAUUUUAUUUCUCUAAUUUAUCUCUUGAAAGUACCUGUGGAAGUGAUCAACUUGAAGGGGAUAUUAGUAAGUGGAACUGGAUGGGCAAAUCCUGCUACAAUAGACAUCAUCUAUGACAUUUUACAUAUGAUGGGUCGGGACGACAUUCCAGUUGGCCGGGGAGACGUAUUCGCAUUAGGACAACCAAACCCAUCUUUCACUGCUGUUGGGGAUUGCAAGUAUAUCAAGGCUAUCCCUCAUGGUGGUGGUGGACUCUUGGAUUCUGAUACUCUUUAUGGUUUUGCUCGUGAUUUGCCUCGAAGCCCCAGAAGGCACACAGCAGAAAAUUCCGUGAAAUACGGAGCGCCUAGAGAUACUGAUCACCCUGAACUAAGACAACCAUUAGCAUUGGAAGUCUGGCAAAACAUUUCAAAAUCACUGGCUCCAGGAUCCAAGAUUACGAUACUGACCAAUGGACCGCUUACUAAUCUAGCUCAGAUUAUUCAAUCGGAGAAGAAUUUGAGUUCAGUGGUUGAGAAUGUAUAUGUUGUUGGAGGCCACCUCAGCUAUAGCAGAAAGGACCUAGGAAAUCUCUUCUCCGUUCCUUCAAAUGAGUUUGCGGAAUUUAACAUGUUUCUUGAUCCCAUGGCUGCAAAAGUUGUUCUAGAGUCGGAACUAAAUAUAACACUAAUUCCUCUCAGUGUUCAACGCCAAAUUAGUUCAUUUCCUGAGAUACUCAAAAGGUUGCAGCUAAAAAAGAAGACACCUGAAGCCGUGUUUACAUAUCGUUUGCUGUCAAGGCUAUACCGUUUACAACAGAAGCAUCGCAGAUACCACCACCUGGACACAUUCUUGGGAGAAAUUCUUGGUGCAGUGAUCUUGGCUUGUGAUCAACAUCUCAAUCCAACAUUCAAAGUUAAGCCAGUCAAUGUCUCGGCAACCGGUGAUGUAUCCAAAGAUGGACAAACUAUCAUUGAUGCAGUACAUGGAAAACUUGUGAAAGUAAUAGAAAGUGUUGACAACCGAAAAUAUUUUGCGGAGUUUGCUAAUCUCCUAGGUGAGAAGAAGCAAACCGCGGUGAUUGGAAGCUUUAAUCAGCAGAAGAGAAUAUGGAGUACGCCACCAGCAAAUCAUACCUGAUGGUCCCUAGUCACUGACUCUUCCGGGGAUGCAGAAUGCGUCCCUUCGGAAUAUAGGAAAUGAUUCUUUUUUGUUUUUUGUACUUUUACAUACGGCAGAGUCUUCUUCAUUUUGUAAUCAGAUGAUUUUUGAAUAUGAAUGAAGAGAAAAAAAAGAAGGAAAAAGACAUUGAUUGCAAAAUG